UUAUCAGUAAUAAGUCGGUUCAUCCUGCUAAAGGUCAUAAUUUAAUGUAGUUUAUAUUAUUAAAUCGAGUUGGGUAUCACGUUUAGCAACCGUUUGUCUAGUAAAAAUGUUUGAGGUACUUCUAGCAACGUUCAUAGUUUUGCUUGUGUUGUGGUACAAAAUUAGAUCAUACUAUUGGGUGAACAGGGGUGUUCCUGGCCCGAAACCAUGGCCAAUAGUCGGAAAUCUUGCUGAACAUCUAUUCGGAAGAAAAACUAUUGGGCAGGUUAUAACGGAAAUUUACCAAAAGUAUGAUGAGUAUCCGUUUGUGGGCAUCUUUCGAGCAACCAGUCCAUGUUUGCUAGUUCGAGACCCAGAAUUUGUCAACAGAAUAUUGGUAAAAGAUCACAAAUCGUUUUAUAAUAAUGAUUUCAACAUUGAUAAAAAGAAAGAUCCUUUAUUUGGUCAAAAUCCAUUUGUGCUACGAAAUCAAGAAUGGAGAGACACUAGGCACAUGUUGACGCCAGGGUUCACCGGCGGAAAGAUGAAAGACAUUUAUCCGUUAAUAGUUGGAGUAGCAGCAAAGUUAGUCAAAUUUGUUGAAAACAAUCCGAGUGUUGAAGCGGACGGAGUUAAUGCCAGGGAACUAACUAGAAGAUUUACUCUCGACAAUGUGGCUAUUGCCGCAUUUGGGAUUGAUGGAAAAUCUUUCGAAUCUGAGGAGAUCUCAGAAUUUAUGGAAUUAGCCAAUAGAAUUUUGACACCUGGAUCGCUUAAUGGGAUCCUGCAACAACUGACCACAGUUUUACCGAUUCUUAGAAUCGCUCUGUCAGUGAAAAUGGUGCCUAAAGAUGCUGAACACCGACUAAUUGAAAUCGUUACACAAGUAGUAAACCACAGAGCAUCAAGCAAUUUGAAAAUCAAUGAUUAUUUCGAGUUCAUUUUACAAAUUGCUAAGGAAAAAGGUUUAAGUAAUACAGAUAUUGCUGCACAUGCCACCACAUUCUUUCUCGACGGUUAUGAAAGUUCCUCCAACGUUAUGACAAGCUUGCUAAUGAACUUGGCAGUGAAUCCGACAUAUCAAAAGAAAAUAAGAGACGAAAUUAAAACUGUAGAAGAAAAUAACAACGGUAUUACUUAUGAAACUAUUUUUGAACUAAAAUGGCUGGAUGCGUGUUUGAAUGAAACUUUACGAUUCACCCCUCUCUUCGACAUUAUGGUGAAAACGUGUACUCAACCCUUUCAAUAUACGCCUGAUAGUUCAGACUUUAAGAAGAUUACAGUUAAGCUUUAUCCCGGAGACACAGUGAUACUUCCUUAUAGCCUGCUGAUGAAUGACGAAAAAUAUGUUGUUAAUCCUAAAGAAUUCCUGCCAGAACGAAUGCUGGGCAAAGCCGACAGUAACAGAUCGAUAUUUUUUCCAUUUGGAAACGGUCCACGCACAUGUAUAGGUCAGAGAUUUGGAAUCAUGCAAAUCAAGCAAGGAGUAGCGGAGCUUAUUAAACAUUUCGACAUUUCGUUAAGUCCAAAAUUUAGAUAUCCCCCAAAAUUAAUUCCGCUUAACUUUCUAAAUGAGAUUCAAGGUGGUGUCUGGCUGAGAUUUAAAAAGAUAGGUAAUUAAAAAUACAUGCAAAUUUCGAAGUACACACAAAUGGUCUGAUUAAAAUUUGAGCCUGCACUAGACGUGUUGGUAUUACAUCAAAUAAUUACUGUAAAUAUACGUUUGUGCGAGAGCAAAUAGGGCCGCAUUUUCUGGAGACUGAAAAAUAUCAGGUUCUUCUACAACCUGCAGUUACUACUUAUCUAAAAAUAUGGGCAAGGACGUUUCUAAGGAAUUGCUUCAAAUCACUUUUCCUUAUUGGAAUGUAUUUUUCGAUUUCCUGCUUAAUAGAAGAAGCUGAACCGUU